ACUUUCCCUUCUGCUCUGCGAACUUCAGCCGGGCAGCCCAUCGCAUCUCUCUUCCUUUUUCUUCUUAUACCCUUUUGCUUUUCUUUUUUCACUCUUCCUUUUUUUCAUCUGGCACUUCAAAUUGUGAAUUAGGAAAUAAAAGAUACCAAUCGCCCAACAUGUGGAUUGUUAACUGGUUCUACGAUGUGCUGUCCUCCCUGGGCCUGCUCAACAAGCACGCCAAGCUGCUCUUCCUGGGCCUCGACAAUGCCGGAAAGACCACGUUGCUUCACAUGCUGAAGAACGACCGAGUUGCUAUCCUGCAACCUACUCUUCACCCUACUUCUGAGGAGCUUGCCAUUGGCAACGUUCGAUUCAACACCUUCGAUCUGGGUGGUCACCAACAGGCCCGUCGUAUCUGGAGAGAUUACUUCCCCGACGUCAACGGUGUCGUCUUCCUCGUCGACGCCAAGGAUCACGAGCGAUUCCCCGAGGCCAAGGCCGAGCUCGAUGCCCUCCUGUCCAUGGAGGAGCUUUCCAAGGUCCCCUUUGUCAUCCUUGGCAACAAGAUCGACCACCCCGAUGCCGUUUCUGAGGAUGAGCUGAGACACCAGCUGGGCCUGUACCAGACGACCGGAAAGGGCAAGAUGCAGCUAGAGGGCAUCCGACCGAUCGAGCUGUUCAUGUGCUCUGUGGUGAUGCGACAGGGCUACGGUGACGGUAUCAGAUGGCUGUCUCAAUACGUUUAAAAGAGAAACGAGGAGUGUGUAUGCCGUGGGAAGAAAGGACGCAGCGGUGGGGAGGAUAUGAGGUCACAAUCUAUAUGUAGUGGCUCCCGGUGAUGACACGAUUACUGAGAAGGCAGGAGGGGAAGAGGCGUUGGGCCAUGAAGAGUUAUUUUAUGAGACUCAGCAUACUCUUUUUUUUUAGGCGAAACUUUUUUUUUGUUUUGGUUGUGAAAUUCAAAUUUCCAUUGCUUAUCUGGUGCUGAGUCUUUUUUAUUCUCCCUUUUUCUUUCCUGUUGCUGCUCCAAUUUUGUGACUGGUGAUGACAGGAUAAUGCUCUAUAAGUAAUGGAUGUUGUGAAUGGAUGAUUGGAGAUGCUGGCAUCACCAUGGAUGCAUUAAUCAGUGGCAAAUGCCUUUGUUUUUAGUCAAUCUAGGUAUCUAGUAUCAAGCCAAUCUCAAAUCGACUCAUGCUCCAGUAAUGCUAAUAGAUCCAGUGCCGUGGAUGCAUGUAAAGAAGUGCCCCAAACAUGAAAACAGACCCCAGCAGCCAACGCUCUUAUACCGACUAAUGCGUACGCUCUUGUCUCUAUUCAAAAAAGAAAAAAGUGAUAAAAUACAAUCAAAAGUGAGAAUAAAAAAAAACAUUUAGUUUUGUCAACAUGCUAAAAAAAAAAAACAACAGUUGUAGAAGAAAAGUGGUAAACAAUCAUAAUGCCGAUGCUAAUAGAUGUUGCUUCAGAAUUCAUUAAGAAGAAAAGAAAAAAGAGAGCAAAAGAGAAAAAUCAGGAAGCAGUAAAAAAAAAGAUAUAAAAAGAAGGUGAAAAAGAAAAGAAAGAAAGAAAGAAAGCAUCGCAUGCUCUUUGAGAAGAAAAGGAAUUGAAAAAAAAAAAAAAUCAGAAUAAGCAGGUUCCUCCUUUUACUUCAUGUAUGUCGUAGAAAAAAUAAUAAAAAGAUCGCUUCGUCAGAAAACGAGAAACUGGGAAUAUUACAAGUACGGGCAU